GGUGGUUUGUUCUGCAACAGCGAUACGGCGUCGGUUCGAGGUCUCAAGAAUCGCGAACCCUCGGUCUCUCUCGCGAGUCUCGCAGAUGUUCUCUCUUUCUCCGUCCCGGUCUCCGUCCGUCUCUCAGUAACAGUACAUCGGAGAUCUAAAACCCUCAGUUUACCGGCGAACAUAGCGAACCGUGCGUGGGAAGGAGAAGCAAUGCCGGGCGCAACCAUGGAAAUGGAGCCGGUCGAGCCCCAAUCGCUGAAGAAGCUCAGCCUCAAAUCCUUGAAGCGAGCUCUCGACCUGUUCUCCCCGGUCCACGGCCACCUCGCCCCUCCUGAUGCUGAUAGUAAGAAGAUUCGAAUGAGCCAUAAGAUGCAUUUUGAAUAUGGAGGCAUAAAAAGUGGAACAGAUCAGCCUUCUACCCAAGCCAAUACUGUUCCACCGGAUCAAGGUCAACAAGCAUCGGGUCCUUCCACCACCCUCGCUCUGCCAGGUACAGAAGAUUCCAGGGAUCCUCUGGUGGGAGGGGCUCAAAAUGCUUUAGUUGUUGGUCCAUCUGUGCAACCAAAGGGACUAAAUGAUGGCGGCCUUGCUGGUAAAAGUGGUGCUUUGGUUUCUGCUUCCGGGUCAUCGGAAAGGAAUUUUUCAACUUCUGCAAUUAUGGAAAGAAUCCCGAGCAAAUGGCCACGCCCUGUGUGGCGUCCUCCGUGGAAAAACUACAGGGUCAUCAGUGGCCAUUUGGGAUGGGUGAGAUCUAUUGCUUUUGAUCCUAGUAAUACAUGGUUUUGCACUGGUUCUGCAGAUCGCACAAUUAAGAUAUGGGAUGUAGCAAGUGGAAGACUAAAGCUCACACUAACUGGACACAUUGAACAAAUAAGAGGUCUAGCUGUUAGCAACAAGCAUACCUAUAUGUUCUCUGCUGGUGAUGACAAGCAAGUCAAAUGCUGGGAUCUUGAACAGAAUAAGGUCAUUAGGUCUUAUCAUGGCCACCUAAGUGGAGUUUACUGCUUGGCUCUUCAUCCCACCAUUGACAUUUUGCUCACAGGGGGACGUGACUCUGUCUGCCGGGUCUGGGAUAUUCGUAGCAAGAUGCAAAUUCAUGCAUUGUCGGGGCAUGAUAACACAGUUUGCUCAGUUUUCACUCGACCUACGGAUCCACAAGUCGUAACUGGCUCCCAUGACACGACUAUUAAGUUCUGGGAUCUUAGAUAUGGAAAAACGAUGGUAACUCUCACGCAUCAUAAAAAAUCUGUGAGAGCAAUGGCACUGCAUCCCAAUGAGCAUGCUUUUGCAUCUGCAUCAGCUGACAACAUAAAGAAAUUCAGCCUUCCAAAAGGAGAAUUUUUGCACAACAUGCUUUCUCAGCAGAAAACUAUCAUUAAUGCAAUGGCUGUCAAUGAAGAUGGUGUGAUGGCUACUGCAGGUGACAAUGGGAGUUUAUGGUUCUGGGAUUGGAAGAGUGGUCACAAUUUCCAGCAAGCCCAAACAAUUGUACAGCCUGGUUCGCUGGAUAGCGAAGCUGGCAUUUACGCUCUCUCAUACGACAUAACUGGUUCAAGGCUUGUUACUUGUGAAGCUGACAAGACAAUUAAAAUGUGGAGAGAAGAUGAGAAUGCCACCCCAGAAACUCAUCCCCUCAGUUUCAAGCCGCCAAAAGACAUGCGACGAUUUUAGCGUGGCUAUAUAUUUAUUGGGGAAUUAAUUCUGGAUGUUUGAUGUCACCGACAUCAGGAGCAUGGGAGAUUACCACCGAGAACAUUCGGAAAAAAAAAAAAAACUGAUUCCCAAUUUUUGUCACAUCUCAUUUAUAUGUUGUAGAUUCUCUUACACCAAAUGAUGUUUUCAUCUGGCCUGGGGAAGAUGUCAGCUGGGAAAUAUAUUUGUUGAAUUCAGAUUGAUGCCUAUUCUAUAUUCGUUGAGCUUGAGUUAUACAAUGGAAGGUUUGGCAUC